AUGAAUAGCUCGAAUAUCUAUGACACAAUCAAAACAAAGCGCUUUAGGGACUUUAGUGACAUCAUAUUUGCCAAUAUUAAAGAUCAAGAAGCAAUUGAAGACAGAAUCAUAAGAAAUGAACCACUCAUUGAUACAGUUAUCAACUGUCUCGAAAGCCAUUAUGGAAGUAAACUCACAGUUGAUCAAUUAAGAAUCUACGCACGCUGCGCUUCUAAGAUAAUCAAUAAGAAAAUUGAUAGACUUGCUAAUCGUAAUAGAAUGGCUCUUCUUUGUUGGUAUUCGGAAAACUGGAAUGAAAUCCAGCCCCAUUUAAAUGAAUUUCUUCCUAUGGACAAAAAUCCAACAUGUCCUUCUUCCAUUAGUUUUAGCAAAAUCUCAAACCAAAUCGAUCCAUCUGAUUUUCAUCAACUGCUCAAUUAUCACUAA